AUGGAUAGCAUGACAGACCGGGACAAGUUGGCCCUUCUGGCCAAGCAAGAAACAACCGACGGCCCUCACAAUGUCUUUGAUAUUUCGCAAUUCGAGCACCAAGUUGAUCAAAAAGUCUCUCCAAAAGUAAUUGAACGACUUCAAAAGGAAUUUGGCAAUGAUAUGGCUGGUGCAAUUGACAAGUUUUUCGGGAUGAAGAACAAGUCUCCCGAGCAAGAGCCACCUAAUGGCAAGGCAGAGACCGAUGGAGAGUCCGGGUCCGAGUCAGAGGGUAAUCCAACCCCAGACCUAGACAAUCGACAGGAAAUAGUGACUAGAGACCGAUACUGGGAUAGAUUCAAGCGGCAAUUUGUUUUGAAGAAGCCUGCAAAACCCAAGAAUGAGUCUAGAAGAUACAAAGACUGCGUCAUCUUUGUUCGUCGAGACUAUAACCCAGAGAUGACUGAUUACCAAACCGUCUUGAUCAUUUCUGGAGAAGUCCUUCGAAACGCCCUGCGAAACAUAUUCCGUGGGGCAGCAGGUUUUGGGUUGACCGAGAAUAUCAUCACAGAGCUCGAUCCAAGUUUCAUGUUUUGGGCUCGACCCGAAUUCGAGCUCCUUGCGAAGCAUUACCAUGAGGUUGGAGACAAGACGGCCGUCUUCGAGAUGGGUGCCGCUUUCAACUUCAUUGAUACCCAGUAUGGAGAAAUGGUCUCGGUUCUAGACUCAUUGCUACCUCAUUCCAUCACUUUUGAGUACCUGUGGGCAAUUUUGCCACCCGAUUGCUUGAUUGUUGGAACGGAUGCACUUGACUUUCAGAGCAUCUGGUGCGUGCGGAGCCACAGCGUUCAAUGCAUACAAGGCCAAAACUUCUUGAUCAUGGAGGCAGAGAACAUUAUCUGGGACGGGUCCAAGGCAGGAAGCGUGCACCAGAUGUUGCGGAUCCCAAUGUUCACUGGUGUCAAGCUGAUACGGGAUCUUCCAUACAUCCCCUUGGAUUACCACCCACAACGUGAGGAAGCAAUGAAGAAUGUCCUGAAGCGUAGCGUCAAGGCCUUGGAGUUCUGGCAACCUCAUUUCCGACACCUCGAGCAUCAGGGCACUGGUUUGGCCAAGGUCCACGACAAGGUUGAUUACUACCCAUUCAGCGGGCGUGUAGUGGUAGAUCCCAAGACGAUGCGGCGAAUGGAUCCAUCCAACCCAGUCAUGCCACAUUCCAGUGCAAUCAGCAAUCUGCGCAAAAUUUCUAGAGUAUCAAUGGCGGAGUUCUCAAUGAGUCACGAGGGCCCAAACACGUCAGAAGAGCUUCUCAAGGAGCUUCUGAAAGAUGCGAGCGACGCUAUGCUUGAGUUUGUGGGCGGAGAUUCUGGCAAACAUAACGCGAGGAACAGAAGCUACGGAAGAGGUCGUCCACCCCCUCGAGUUCCGGGAAUCAUGCGCCCUCCACCAGGUUUACCCCCGUUUUAUCGCAGCAGCAGCAGCAGUAGUGGCAGCGCAUCAUCAAGCGAUAACGAAACGUGGACGUCUUUACCAGCAUCUAGACAAAAUCGAUCAACAGCUCGAAGAGUUCAGCUGUCCAAGAAGCAGAUGCUUCUUGUCUCUGGCUUUGUCUAUGGAUAUAGCCUGCGCGAUAGUACUUGGGGUGCCUUUUCUGUUGAUCGAGUGUCGGAAAUUGAUUGGAAUGAGACCAUAUUUGAUUCUCUUGUCAUGGAGAAGUCGCUCAAAGAUGUAAUAUAUCAGCUCGUCGUUGCCCAUGGUGCAGGAAAUUCGGACUUUGAUGAUCUCAUCAAGGGCAAGGGCAAGGGCCUUGUCGGGCUCCUCUACGGACCUCCAGGAUCCGGCAAGACAUUGACGGCCGAAGCGAUUGCCGAAACUGCCAAAAUGCCGCUGUAUGCAAUAUCCAGUGGAGCACUGGGCCACGAGGCGACCAAGAUUCACGACAAAUUGUCUAGCAUCCUCAAGCUAGCAAGCCACUGGAAGGCAGUGCUUCUGCUAGAUGAGGCAGACGUCUUUCUUGCUCAGCGAACAACGACAGACAUUGAAAGAAAUGCGAUAGUUUCCGUCUUUCUUAGAGAGCUCGAAUACUACCAGGGCAUUCUCAUCUUGACCACCAACCAAGCUCAAGUCAUUGAUGAGGCCUUUCAAAGCCGAAUCCACCUCUCCCUUCAGUAUUUCAGUCUCGAUACUGCUUCACGUUACAGAGUUUGGGAUAGCUUGAUGGAGAAUGCGCGCAAGUCCAAGAGAAUCAAGGUGGAUGUUACUCAGGAUGCUCUGCAAACUUUGGCCGAGGUGCCGCUUAAUGGCCGACAGAUAAAAAACACUAUCAGCAUUGCAGUCAAUAUUGCCACUACAAGCGAGUCGCAAGUUAUGACGGCCGAGACGCUGAGCAACACGGCAAGACUACUGCAGAACUCCCAGUUUCGUCGGCAGGAGUCUGAUCAUGGUGAGGGGUCGAGAACCUUGGCUAAGGGUGUUCUAGCAGAUUCGGGUGACGACGAGCUGGCUACAAACACAGUCCGACAGACGACAAACUCCACGGCCAAAGAAAAUCAGUUCAUGAUAAGCCCGCGUACCAUGGCAUUGUUGAUUGGCUUUCUAGGAGCGUUCCUAUGGAAUACCUAUCUGACCUGA